AUGGACCCAGAAAAGACCUCCGGCGACGCCUCCCACAUCGAGGACGCCUCAUCCAACAGUAUCCACCAAGGCGAAUCCCUCGACUACCUCACCCCCAAAGAACAAAAACGACUCAUGAGACGCAUUGAUGCCCGUCUCGUCGUCACACUCGGCUGCCUCUAUUGUAUCAGCUUGCUGGAUAGAACCAACCUCGGGGCUGCCUCGGUUGCCGGGAUGCAGACGGACUUGGACAUGAAUGCCAAGAAUAAUGGAUACAGUAUUAGCUCGUUGGUGUUCUUCAUUACCUAUACGGUGUUCCAGGCGCCUGCCACGGUGAUUAUUCGGAAGUUGGGGCCGAGGUUGUUUCUUUCGGCCAUUGUUUUGCUGUGGGGGGUGGUUAUGAUUGGUUUCGGCAUGUCGCCUACUUGGCCGGUCUUGGCUGGGCUAAGGGUGAUUCUUGGUGCCCUAGAGGCGGGGUUUUAUCCGGGUUGCGUUUAUCUUCUGAGUACCUGGUACACGCGAUACGAGCUACAGAAGCGGAAUGCCCUGUUCUAUCUGAUUGGGAGCACGGCGUCUGGGUUUGGUGGCAUCCUGGCUUAUGGGUUGAUGCAAAUGAAUGGGAUUGCGGGAAGAGCCGGCUGGAGGUGGAUUUUCAUCAUUGAAGGGAUCCUGACAUGUGUCAUGGGAAUUGGAUCCUAUGCUAUCCUGGUUGACUUUCCUGAACAGUCGCCCAAGUCAUGGCACUUCCUGAAUGAGGCCGAGGCAGCCUUUGUGGUGGCUACCAUUGAGAAUGAUCGAUCGGAUGUUUACACAGAGCCAUUUACCUUGAAAGGCUAUCUCCGCAACGCAGGGGAUAGUAAGUUAUGGGCGUAUGCCGCCUUGUAUAUGCUAACCACCGCUAAUAGUUACUCGAUUGCGUACUUUCUUCCGAUCAUUUUGGAAGAUAGUAUGGGGUUCUCGGUAGCAAAGGCCCAAUGUCUUGUGGCACCUCCAUAUGUUGCUGCUGCAGUUGUGAUGUAUGUGGAGGCAAUUUACGCGGACAAAUGGCACCUGCGAGGACCCAUUAUUGCGGCAAAUGCCGCGAUGGGGCUGCUUGGAUUGGCUCUUUUGGGCUAUCUCAGUGAAUCGGGACCACGCUACUUUGGCGUUUUUCUGGCUACUAUCGCUGCCAACGCGAAUUGUCCGGCUUUGGUAUCAUGGCAAAGUAAUAACGUUCGUGGGCAAUGGAAACGUGCCUUCACAUCCGCUACAUUGAUCGGCGGUGGUAGCAUUGGAGGAAUCAUCGGGACGACAGUCUUCAGGGCGCAGGAUGCCCCCAAUUACCGGCCCGGAUUGUUGACGACUAUGAUAGCUAAUGCCCUGAUUAUAUUGAUUGUUGGGGGGCUUAUCUGGAAGUUUCAGAAGGCGAACAAGCGGGUUGAUAACGGAGGAAAGCCUAUUGAAGGGUUGGCGGGUUUCAAGUAUACGCUCUAG